GAGAGUGUGUAGGGGGAGAGUGAGAUAGAGAGAGACGGAGAGAGAGGAAGAGAGAGAGACAUAGACAUGCACAGAGAAGGAGGAGGAGGGGGAGGCUCCUGAUACCAAGACACGGAAAAGCAGGGGAGGGAGAGAGAGAGAGAGAGAGAGAGAGAAAGAAAAAAGGGGCUGGUGGAGGAAGAAGAGCGGGGAGUGGGAGAAAACAGGGGGAAUAACACUUAAAGAAAGCAUACAGAGGAGAGGAAGGACAGUACCUAGUGCUUUGGACAUCCCCUCCUUUCUUCUCUCAGGCUGUCACACCAGAUUGGACUCCGAAGGACCGACACCGCGUCCACCCCAGACCCCAUGGGGUAACAGCAGACGUUUGGAGGAGAGGCUUUUGUUCAGCUACACAGAUGAACAACAGGAAGGAGGACAUGGAGAUCGCCUCUCACUACCGUCAGCUCCUAAGAGAGCUCAAUGAGCAGAGGCAGCACGGCAUCCUCUGCGACGCCUGUGUCAUUGUGGACGGAAAGAUCUUCAAGGCUCAUAAGAACGUCCUCCUGGGCUCCUCACGCUACUUCAAGACUCUUUACUGCCAGGUUAAAAAAGGGGCAGAGCCUCACCACCAGACUACUGUCACUCACCUGGACAUCGUCACAGCGACAGGCUUCAAAGCCAUCUUGGACUUCAUGUACUCAGCGCACCUUGCCCUCACCAGUAAGAACGUGAUCGAAGUCAUGUCAGCCGCCAGCUACCUGCAGAUGACAGACAUUGUGCAGGCCUGCCAUAGUUUCAUCAAGGCCGCACUGGACAUUAGCAUCCGCUCUGAGAUGGCUGACGAACUGGCUGACUUUGAGAUGGGAGCUGUUGCUGCUGCUGGUAUAGGUGGAGGUGGAGGAGGUGGAGGAGGAGUUGGUGUAGCGGGAGCAGGGGGUGUUGUCGGAGCAGGUUUAGGAGGAGGUGGUGGAGGCAUAGUGGGUAUGGCUUCUGAAGCCCUGGCCUCCAUCAUGUCUGGUCGCAGCACCUCCCCUUGGCUGGCACGUCGCACCAGCCCAGCAAACUCUUCUGGGGACUCAGCCAUCGCCAGCUGCCACGAGGGAGGCAGCACGUAUGGCAAAGAGGACCAAGAACCUCCCAAGAGCCAUGAGAGCCAGGAGGAAGCCUGCCACGACUCCCAGCCUGCCUGGCCACACGACUACAGGCCUGUCACCGUCAAGGAGGAACAGGUGUCCCCCGCCUCCUCCUCUCAUCCCCGGGACACUCCCAGGGGGGCAGCCCAGAGCCAAGGAGAACAAGGGGCUGGAGGGGUUGCUGGAGGAGGUGGUGAGGGGCCCUGGCAACCCCUAUUGGGGUCAGGGCGGAGAAAGAAUAGGAAGAACAAGGACACGGUCAGACAUAUUACCCAGCAAGCUGAGAGGAACUGGGACAGAGAGCGGGACAGGGAGAGAGACAGGGACAGUAGGCCUGGAUCUCCUCUUCCCUCCAUGCUGGCUGUGGCCGGAUGGAACUACAACGGGCAGGAAAUCCCAGGGGCAGACGUGACCGAACCCAACAGCUCAGACAGCCGUGGCGAACGCCUCGACUUCUUCCUCAAACAGGAAGAAGGUCUAACCACAGAGCCCAGCUACCUGGGUCCCAAUGAAUCUGAAGAAGCCGGGGGAGGAACCGGAGGCGGAACGAUCUCAUCCGUAGCCAAUCUGAAGGCGGCGCUGAUGAGUAAGAACAGCCUGCUGUCACUGCGGGCUGAGAUGAUGGGAGAUGAUAACCCCUUGCUGUACGAGUACCUGCCCAAAGGAGGACACUCCCUGUCUUUGAAUGACUUCACAGUGAUCCGUAAAAAGUUCAAGUGCCCCUACUGCAGUUUCUCUGCUAUGCACCAGUGCAUCCUAAAGAGGCACAUGCGCUCCCACACCGGUGAGAGGCCCUACCCCUGUGAAAUCUGUGGCAAGAAGUUCACCAGACGGGAGCACAUGAAGAGGCACACGCUGGUCCACAGCAAAGACAAGAAGUAUGUGUGUAAAGUGUGCAGCCGGGUCUUCAUGUCCGCAGCCAGCGUUGGAAUCAAACACGGCUCACGUCGUCAUGGCGUCUGUGCCGACUGCUCUGGCCGGGGGAUGGCCGCAUUGCUGGACCACAAUGGGGAGGUUGGAGGAGACAUCUCUCCAGAGGAGGAGCUGUAUCCUGGUGAUCGCUUCCACGAUGACCAGGCGGAGUGCGAUGGUGAUGCAGAGGGAGAGGAGGAGAUGAUGGUGGAAGGGGAAGGGGAGAUGAUGGGAGAAGGGGAGGAAGAAGGGAGCAAGUGGAAGGACUCAGGGAUGACCGCUGAGGCACAUGGACCACUGGACAAUGAGAAGGAGGAGAGCGACUCCUCGGCACAGGAAGGGGAGCAGCAGAACGGGAGCGAGAGGGACUUCGCCUGGAUCUCCUAGAAUCUGUCAGGCUCCUGAUAGUGGCUCGUUGACCAAUCUCUGAAGAUCUCUUGCGAUCUCUGUGGCAGAAUCCUCUGCACUCUUUACCCAUUCGUCCCACCGUGGGCAGGCCUUCCUUUUGAAUGGAAAAGCUGUAGGGUGACGCGCGACAAUGAUCUAAAACCAUUAUGAGUAAACACACUCAAAUGCACACACAUACACACAGACACACUUAGGCUAUUCUCAAUCUUGACUGCCAUAGUAGAAGAGUGGUCAAGAGAUGGCAUGAGUGCAAGGCUUUUUCUGCUUACCUCCUUUACUUCUGAUGCAGUGUUUUUGUGUUUCUUUUUCUUGAGGGUUCAGGCCAGAGUCCAGUAGUUUUCUACUCUGUCACAACAGGAAUCAACGAGUACGCUGCCAAGGACAUGGCCGAUGCUAGAAUGCAACUUUGUAUGUUUGCCAUCACAAUCACCAUGGAAACCAAGGAUCACUGACAGUGUAGGGAAAAUAGCCAGGAGGAAGGGGGAGCGGGCGGGAGGGAGGGUUUGGGAGUGGGUGUCUUGGUCCCACCUCGGCUGUAAUGUUUCUGGGGGUAAAAGUGUCUCUCUCUACAAGUGAAGGGAGAGUCUAAAUCUAUUGCAAAGCUACGUGUGUGUCAGAGGAGCGGGCAGCCCGAUGGCACAUUGUUGAUGCAGAGUCCUACUGCCACAGACUUGCACUUUAAAUGACAACUGACUCCUAUCAAAGCCCUGAACCCGUGGUUUACAUUUUUGAUCUGAUCUUUACUUACCUAAACAACUCGGUGACCGCACCUACCUUUAAGGAUAUACUUUAUGUCCUCUUGACUGUUAUCACGAUAUAGAAAUCACUGAAUCUUUGUGCAGAUUGCUGUUUAUAUAGCCUUUGCCUUUCAGUGGGGGUCCUUAAUCUUUUCUUCGCUUAAGUUUACCACCACAGUUUCUAUCAAUCCAUUCCAACAAAUACUGGAGAUUUGACUAAUGUACAUAUGUUUUUUUUUUUUUUUUUUUUGGGGGGGGGGGGGGGGUUAAAAGUGGAGUAACGUGUGAGAGACAGAGAGAGAUUGAAAGAGACUUUUACAGUGUAUGUAAGAGUUUUAACCCUCUUUAUACACAAAGUGGACAUCACUUUCCCUGUUUGGAAAAUCAACACAAGCACACAAGGGGAUCUACACGACCUACACUAUUAACUCUUUCUGUCUCUCCACUGUCUAUGGAGGUUGUGAUAAUCGGACCUGAGAGCUACGUCUCUCACACCUAAGGAGGAGCUGCCUUUGUUUGUUUUUUUCUGUUUCUGUUUCUGUUCCUGUCCUGGUCAUGUAAUUCCAGUUUCUAAAUACAGAAUAUGCAGACUCUUUCCAUGGUUUAUCUUUCUUUUUGGUGAUAUAUAUUUUCUCUCCGGCUUUGUAAGGUCAAAAAGAAGAGGAUCAAAAUUGUGCUUGAAAUUCCAAGUUUGAUAUUCGUAGAGAGUGUAAUAUUAAUUUGUUUAUUAUUUGUUUUAACAGCUAUUUAUUGAAAAAAAAAAACCUGUUUGUGGAUUCCUCAUUUUUGAGAAGUCAUUCCUUCCUCUCUCUCUCCUUCUCUCUCUCUCUCUCUCUCUCCUCUCCCUCUCUCUCUCUCUAUCUGUGUGUUGGGUUAGAACAGGAUGGGUGUUUGUAUGCAAGAAUGUUUUUUAGUGUCCAGUGUCCAAAAAAAGUCUGUAUUGAUUUCUUAAGAUUAUUUCCUUGUUAUUGACAAUUCAAGUGAGGCAGACGACAUGUCUUAUUAUUAUAAUUAUCAGAACUAUGAUUACUGUUGUUGAUGUUACUAUUAUUAAUUAUUAUUAAGUGCUGGAUGCUAAGCUUUAUUGUGUGUUCUUUUUUUUGAUAUUUUAUAUCUUGUAUAAGAAAAGAGCUUUUAUACUUUGCCUUGUUGUGGACAGCAAGCCAUGGGGCUUUUAUCAACCUUUUAUUGUGCCAGUUUACGCUUUUUCUGUCGUAUUUGCUUUUUUACCGAGGGGAAAAACAACUUCACUGUCAAACUUCUCUGUUAGAUAUUGAUUGAAACAUAUAUUCCACACACGCUUUUGCAUCACUAAUGUACACUAAUUGAUUAAUAUUGAACCAAAAACAAUCUAGUACCUUGUAUACAUGAAGUGCUUUUGUUUCACAGUCUGUGUGUGCAGGUGCUUUUGGAUUUAUUGUUGUGGUUAACAGUUGUUUUGUUGAGUUGUUUUUAUUUUUUUUGAACCUGUCACUAUUUGUCACAGUUUGAAAAAAAAAGAAGUGCACAUGUUAUGGUAUUAUUGUGAAUAUGAAGGGCUGUGUGAAAGGACCAGCUAGAUUUUAGAAGACGGCAUCUUUAAAAAAACAAAAACAAAAACAAAAAAAAAACAAGCAGAUUUUUAAUUUCCUUUCUGCUUUCUACUGUCUCACACCUCGCAUGACACACAAUCAAGAAGAAAUGCAGCAUGUAGACUAAAUGCCCAAGUGUUGAGUCUACAUGCUGUUUUUCUAUGUAUGCCGGUGUUUUACUGGCUCAGCUCUAGUUCAUUUACAUAAAGGGAAAGUGAAGCACUGCUGCAGUAACUCUGGGAAACAUUUUGUUGCCAGUGCAGGUUGCACACAUCAGGCCUUUCUGCUACAGGUGCCAUGCACUUCCCAUUAAACUCCACUGAGAAAAAAACUCUCAGUACAAUGCGAUUUGUGAUGCUUUCUACAUGUCUGGCAACUGUUUUUAUUUUAUUUGUAUUAUUUAUGGUGUUUUUGUUUGACCCAUUUAUUAAAUAGUUGUAAUUUUUGGGUAAAAGAAAAAAAGAAGAAAGACAAUGGAGUUAGGAUUUUUAUGAAUGUCAAUGGUGGGUGUGGAAGGAGCCCAUGAUCAGUGACAAAUCUCUGUCCUGUGGUGCUGUUGUCGCCACUGAGACAUCUGGAUGUAUGUGUGACUCCCUGGCCCUGCGCUCUUCUCACGACCUGUACUGUAUGUCUUCUUCCUCAUACUGGGUUGUACUUCAGGAAAAUGUCUGCCAUCAACCCCUCAAUAUGUGCCUCAAUGACAUUUCACCCGUGUGCUUGUGAGAGUGUUUGUUUUCCGAGAGAUGAAUAUGUGUUUGUGUCGAUGGAUAGAGAUUACUAAAAAUGCGACUGAUCAGAUUAGAGGUGCAAAAUGUUUUUUGAGGAUAAAACUUCAAAGAGACAAAUCAUGAUGGGCGACUAGAUUCUCCUUCCCACCGUGUGUUGAUGACCUUUUGUGCCCUGAUUCUGUGGUCUUAACUGCAUGCCUGUGCUCAUUUUGUCAUACCAAAGCAACGUCUUCGGCAUCUGCACACAACUGUCUCAUUCCACAUGAUGCAAAACUGGAACUGUUUGCUCUAUUGCAGAUGAAUAUGGGUAUUCUUAGACGUGUACAAAUUGCAAUCCUCAUUUAGCCUGUAUAGCUUGAUUCACACGUGCAAAUCAUGAAGCCAUAGAUAUGGGUAUAUCUAUAUUAUACUAUAUUUCAAAAUUGGCGCUUUUUACUUUAGAUUUUGUUCUUCUACUAAGAGUGAUGUGUGUAUACCUUCAUAUAUAUGAAUUUAUAUUACUAUUAUAUAUUAUUUAUUUUCUCUCAAGUUUCAGAGGGUCUUUAAUUUGUAAAAGGUCGCACUUGAAGCUUGGGGUUUGUUUAUUUUCAUUGGGAAUAUUGUUCAAUAUGAUACUGACUUUAUAUUGAUGAUUAUCAUAAACCUGUGUUUGUAACAAAAUGUGUUAAAUAAUCAAAAAAACCUGUCCUGUUUUUACACCUGUUUUGUUUUGGGCAGAUUUAAGUGCUCUUGUGCAGAUAUUUUUCGGUUGAUAGUACUGAUCACAAAACAUUUUUACAGCCAACCAUGAGCCUCCUGUUUUGAUGUUGGGGCUGGCCCACGCGGCCGUCCAAGCCUCUUUCUAACUUCAUGUUUAGUGGAAGAAUUAGCUUGACUAUUAUUUGCAAAAACCAAUCAGUCUCAAUAAAUUUUGAAAUUGCUGCUGUAAAGAAGUGAAUGAUGCGUGCUGUGCCUUUUGUUUUUUUUAUGCCUGUUGCAGGGUUGGUGAGACUAGUGUGGCCAUAACCACCUGCUGUCCACAAGGGGGCAGAAUAGACAAGUCAAAGAAAGUAGACACAAAGGAAUUAAUCCUGUUUAUUGAUGUCACAAGGCCACAUUUCCUUAUUUGGAAGAUUAGUCAACAUCUCCCGCAGACAUUUAUCCGCAGAUAACUUUAUUCACCUAAGAGAUAAAUAAAUAAAAAAUCUGGUGGCAGACUUCUUCCAUUCAGGUUUAUUUUCUUUCCAUCACAUUACAUCACAUAGAUCACAUUAUCAGCAUCAUACAUGGUCAUCCAUCUUUUCAAGCACUAGUCAUAGGCUUGACAUUCACACAAAUACUCCUUGAGUGCACCACUCCUCAGAAAGUGCUUUCUCCAUGUGCAUGGGACUGCUGAUGAAGACCAGAGCCCGAGCCCACAUACAGGAGAAAUCUUGCCCUCCAGUAAAGACCCAAGGCUGACGUUACGUUUCCUUCAAAACGCUUUUAGCUGUGUAUGUGUGUGUGCGUGUGCGUGUGCGUGUGCGUGUGUGUGUGUGUGUGUGUGUGUGUGUGUGUGUGUGUGUGUGUGUGUCAGGCUGCAAGGAGCUUUUUUUUUUUUUUUUUUUUUUUUUACAUUUAGAGGAAAACAAACUUACAUCAGCCUUGGGUUAUCGGUUACUGAAAGGGGAAAUCUAACACAUAAAACCCUUCAGUGUUGUAUCUCCUAACAAAAAAAAAAA